AUGCCGCCCCGGAUAUCGCUGCCCGUGCGCCUGCGCGCCCAAUCUGCUCCGUCUAGCGCGUGUUCUGCUCUGCGCGCUUUUAGCACGACGCCCGCCAAUUAUGCAACCACGAAGGAGCAACGACGCAGACAGCAGGACCCAUACGCGCAGGCCCAGGCACGGGCGCGGAAAGAUGCCAACAUUUCUCGCCAGGCCGUCUUGCGGGAGCAGCGCAAGCAAGAGCUGGGCGAUCCCGUUCGCGGCAUCACGACGCCGUUCGUAAAGUCAUUCGACACCGGCCUUCCCGAGCAGGCCAAGACAACCGAUGCCGACCUAUCGAAGAAGACUGCCGGCCCCAAGAAGACCCCCGACGGUCCGGCGGCCACCUCUGAGAGCUACUUGAACCAUUUUCUCAAGCGCGACGAAGUGAUGGAACAGCUGGGGGUUUCGGAAAGGAUGGCUGCUCCAUCGCAGGUCGCCGAUGAUCUGUCACCAGACGCGCGUGACCAGACAAGCCAUAAGCGACUCAAGACGAAGGCCGAAGUUGAUCAACAGAGCGCGAACGCCGCGAUUGCGAUUCAGCGCAUCGUAAGCUUGUCAAACGCCAACUCAAAGGACCGGACUCGCGUGAACAUCCAAAGGUGUAUCGACACGUUCGGUCGCCACCAAACAGAUAAGGCUCUGCCGCCAAGAGCGACGGCGGCGGGUGUGACGGCGGCGGCCAGGGCGCCACAGGCAGACUCUCGCGGUGGCCCUGAUACUGGCAGCAGCGAAGUUCAAGCGGCCAUCCUGACGGCCAGGAUCCGCACCCUGGCCGACUUCCUCGAAACUCGGGGCAAGAACGACAAGGUCAAUAAGCGGAACUUGAGGUUGCUAGUGCACAAGCGACAGAAGCUGCUUAAAUACCUGAGGAAGAAGGAGAGAGGCGGACCUAGGUGGCAAAACCUGAUUGAGAAGUUGGGUUUGACCGAGGGUACGUGGAAGGGCGAGAUCAGCUUGUAA